AUACUUCCCAAACGCCUUCCCCGUGGAUGGGAGCUGCAGCACUGCCUUUGCAGAGGGUCCUGAGGGAGCCAGCUGGGAUGGCAGCCUCGAGGCCAGUGCUGUCGCUCCUGGUGGCAGGUCUCCUGCUGCACGUGGCCACCACACUGAAGAUUGGUGCCUUCAAUAUCAGAGCCUUUGGGGACACCAAGAUGGCCAACCAGACCAUCGCAAACAUCAUCGUCUCUAUCCUGUCGGAGUAUGACAUCGUUCUGGUGCAGGAGGUCCGGGAUGCUGACCUGAGUGCUGUGAAUGACCUCAUGGACCAGCUCAACAGUGCUGGGGAGCGCCCAUACAACUUUUUGGUCAGCGUCCCCCUGGGUCGGGGCACCUACAAGGAGCAGUACCUCUUCAUCUACAGGUCAGACAUGGUCUCCGUGCUGGGAAGCUACUACUACGAUGAUGGCUGCGAACCCUGUGGGACCGACACCUUAAGCAGGGAGCCCUUCAUUGUGAAGUUCUCCUCACCCACCACACAGGUGCAGGAGUUCGUGUUGGUGCCUCUGCAUUCGGAGCCCAGCCACGCAGGACAGGAGAUCGAUGCACUCUACGAUGUCUACACCGAUGUCAUCAACAAAUGGGGGACUAACGACAUGAUCUUCCUGGGUGAUUUCAACGCUGACUGCUCCUACGUGACCAGCUCCCAGUGGCCGUCCAUCCGCCUGCGCUCCCUCCGCGCCUGCGAGUGGCUCAUCCCCGACAGCGCCGACACCACUGUGGCCGACACCAACUGCGCCUACGACCGCAUCGUCGCCUGCGGCACCUCCCUGCGCCAAGACAUUGAACCUGGCUCCGCCAUUGUCAACGACUUCCAGAAGAAAUUCCACCUCCAGAUGAAGGAUGCUUUGGCUGUCAGCGACCAUUUCCCAGUGGAGGUGACCCUGAAAGGGGUGUCAGACUCAUCCUGCUUUGCCGGCACCUCGGCUGGGAAUAAAGCCGCCCAUCCUGCUGCCGGCAGAGCAGAGGCGCUGCGCCUUCAGCCAGGUAAGGACUGCUCCGGGAUCAGCGCCUUCAACUGCAGCCAGCCCAGCAACAAUCUUGGAAGAAUGGGGACUGUGACACUGGAAUUGUCCCUGCUGGCUGUGGCUCUCCUGUGCCCAGCCACUGCCAUGCUGCGCAUCGGUGCCUUCAACAUCCAGUCCUUCGGUGACACCAAGAUGUCCAACAAGGAAGUGGCAGAGAUCAUCAUCAACGUCCUGCGCCGCUACGACAUGGUGCUGGUGCAGGAGGUGCGCGACUCUGACCUCAGCGCCGUCACCGAGCUCAUGGAGCAGCUCAACAGCGCAUCCACAUCCCAAUAUGACUACGAGAUCAGCGGCCCCCUGGGACGGGAGAACUACAAGGAGAUGUAUCUGUUUAUCUACAGGACAGACGUUGUGUCUGUGGUCGACACCUACCAAUAUGAGGACCCCCAGGAUGUCUUCAGCAGGGAGCCAUUCAUCCUAAGGGUCUCAGCACCCAGCACCAGUAAGUGGGAGAACAAGUGGCCAUGGAUUGUGGCAUGGGGUUGCCGUGGGGCUGACAUCCCUCUCCUGGCAGAGGUGAAGGAGUUUGUGCUGGUGCCCCUGCACUCGGCCCCACACGAUGCUGUCGCUGAGAUUGAUGCGCUCUAUGAUGUCUACCUGGCCAUCAUCAACAAGUGGGGAACUGAUAACAUGAUAUUCCUGGGGGACUUCAAUGCCGACUGCUCCUACGUGCAGGCCAGUGACUGGCCAUCCAUCCGCCUGCGCACCAGUGACAUCUUCAAGUGGCUGAUCCCCGACAGCGCUGACACCACCGUGGGCAAGUCAGACUGCGCCUAUGACAGGAUUGUGGUGUGUGGCAGCAAGCUGAAGAGAAGCAUCCUGUCCAACUCGGCUGGUAUCUACAAUUUCCAGCGUGCUUUCCAGCUGGACCAGGAGGAGGCCCUGGCAGUCAGUGACCACUACCCAGUCGAGGUGAAGCUGGCAGCCUGAGCUCCUCCUUCAGCCACAGACCAGGAUCCAGCUCCAGCUCCCACCACCAAUCCCCACAAAGGCGUUCUACUCAGCCCCAUCCACAAGUCCUGGUUUA